AUGGAAAGAACCCUAGGAAUGCAAUGGCACACGGUGACAGACCGCUUCGAAUUCGCAAUCGUGUUACCGGACAAGCCAUGUACAAGAAAAGGAACCCUCUCCACAGUCAGCUCCAUCUAUGACCCUCUCGGUUUCGUCGCGCCCCUACUCCUCGAUAGCAAAUCCCUACUGCAAGAGUUAUGCCGUCUAGAUGCCGACUGGGAUGAAAAGGUGCCGCCAGAGAUCCAGACCAGAUGGCUAAAAUGGAAGAACGAGCUCUGUGAGUUGAAAAAAGUCACGAUACCAAGAUUGUAUAAGCCCGGAGGUUUUGGACCUGUCGUGCGCACGGAAUUACACCAUUUCUUCGACGCCAGCACGAGAGGCUACGGACAAUGUAGCUACCUUCGUUUGAUCAACGACCGAGAAGAGGUUCAUUGUUCCCUCGUCAUUGGCAAGUCUCGUGUAGCCCCCCUCAGAUUAGUGACAAUACCGAGGUUAGACCUGACCGCCGCAGUUUGCUCAGUCCGUGUGAGCAAUCAGUUGAAAAAAGAACUCGAGCACACCAUCGAUGACGAGGGUUUUUGGACUGACAGCAGAGUAUUCCUUGGCUAUAUCGCGAACGAAUCCAAGAGAUUCCAUGUCUUCGUCGCCAAUCGCGUACAAGAAAUCCAGAACAGCACAUCGAUUAAGCAAUGGAAUCACGUAAAAACUAAACAGAACCCGGCCGACGAAGCGUCGCGUGGAUUGAAGGCUGGUGAGCUUCAAGACUCUAGAUGGCUUACCGGACCGGAAUUUCUGUGGAGGCCAGGAAGCGAAUGGCAAGACGCAAAAGAAUGCUUGAAGACAGAGCCCCUAGAAGGAGACCCAGAGGUUAAGAAAUCGUCUGCGAUGGCAACUACACGCGCAGCACUAUAG